AUGAGCAUGAAAGAUCUCACAGAGGUGAGAAGCCGUAUUCCUGUCCUGGGUGCGGAAAAUGUUUUUCACAGAAAUCCAAUCUUGUCAGACAUCAGAGAUCUCAAAUGGGAGAUAAGCCAAAUCCCAGCUUAUCGUUUCAUCAGAGAUCUCACACAGAAAAAGCCGGUUGAUAUUCCUGUACUGAGUGCGGGAAAUGUUUCCGUUUUAAUUGCUAUUUUAAUGAACAUAAAAGAAUUCACACAGGAGAGAAGCCGUAUUCCUGUCCUGAGUGUGGGAAAUGUUUUUCACGGAAAUCCAUUCUUUACAAACAUCAGCAAUCUCACACGGGGGUAG